UGAAAAACGUACCCGUACCCGAGCUCCAUGACUUAUGAAAGAACAGUUGAUGAAUAUAUGUAAAGUUAUGUAGUAAAAAUAGAAAACUUAAUGUCUAAAUACAUGUUCUCAAUAGGUCCGUUUUACAGUAGGUGGAGCACAGUUAGCGUUAAAGCUCCGACCCCUCUGUGGUGUCUGUGGCCGUGUAGCUGCCACUCUGGUCCCGAUGCUGUUUUACAGCUGAACGAGCCAAGAGGAGCCCAGAAUAAACAGGUAACAAAAUUGCACAAAAAGAAAAGAUCUUCGUGUCAGCCAGUACUGGACCACUUUGACCAGCAGUACAGUCAGGAACUUGGAGACUUGUGGCCAUCUGCAAGGGCAGUGCUCCUGGACCGUCACUCUUGGCAGUAUGGGGUCAUGCUCAACCGCUUCAGCACUGUGACAGACAUCACACAGACCCUCCAAUCCCAGGGUUUUUCCUUAUUGCUGCCAAAAACAAAUGUCUCCACGUUGCUUUGUGAUGGCACCUCAACAUUUUCAAAUUCUAAACACCAAGCAACAAAGGACUCACUGUUGCCACCUCAAUACACCUCAAAGUGCUCCCCUAAUGACUCCCUCGUCCAACCUGAAAGCCCCUCUCAUGCACUCGGUCGGGACCUUCAAUCAGAGGCACUCAGUUUGGCCUGUCCUUCAUUACAAUGUUACAUCCACCCAUAUCCACUGCGGUUUCCCUCUCAGGCUCACAGGCCUGGCCAGCUGAAGCAGUAUUACCUUCUGAAUGCUGCCUCCCUGCUUCCAGUGCUGGCUUUACAAGUCAGAGAUGGGGAGAAGGUUUUGGAUCUUUGCUCUGCUCCUGGGGGCAAAGCCAUAGCCAUAAUUCAGUGUGCCACCCCAGCACUUAUCUGCUGUAAUGAACCAGACCCUCACAGACGGGACUGGCUGGCCAAAACUCUGGAGUCUUUUGUGCCUCACUCACUAAACAGCAGAGUGAUUGUGUCUGCACAGGAUGGACGGUCUUUUGGGCAAAGAGAAGCAGGGACAUAUGACAAGGUUUUAGUCGAUGCUCCAUGCUCUAAUGACAGGAGCUGGUUGUAUUCUUGCAGCGGCCAGCAGGGGGAACAGAGACUACAGGAAAGAGCCAAGCUGCCUAGGCUCCAGGCUCAACUGCUUAGGUCUGCACUGUCUGCGGUGCGUCCAGGGGGUGUCGUGGUCUAUUCCACUUGCACACUGUCCAGCUCUGAGAACUACGCCGUGGUUGAAACCGUGCUGAAUGACUGUCCUGAGGCCGAACCCGAAGACCUGUGGGAGGAAAUUGCCAUUCCUUUAUCAAAAUACUUUGCAUUUAGUCCUGCUCACCCUGGUCAUGGACAGACACUUCACAAGCCAUCCCCGCAGCCACAGGAUGGCAAUGUGUCCUCUUAUCACCACAGACUCGGCAUUUUAGUGGUUCCUCAGCCCGGCAAGACCUGGGGACCCAUGUUUCUGUCUCGGAUUAGAAGGAGGAAAUAGUGUGUAUCCUCCUGUGCUGAAAAGAUAUGUGGAAACAAAUGGCUAAAUAUACACAUUUCCUUGGUAUGUUGUUUGUUACCUGUGGGUUUUAUAAGAUGCACAGGAUCCCAUGGAAUUGGCUUAUAACCCACUCACACAAACAAACUUGCUAAUUCACCUUUAGCGCACUGCAGACAGUGCCUAUUUCCACCACAUGCAGGCGAAGAUACAACAUCACUCACAUCAUUCUUACUAACCUUCAGUGAUCUGAGACAGACUUGUAUUUAAAGCAGCUAUAAUUUAUAUAUUUAUAAUAAAUAUGAAUAAAAUGACAUGUGUGAAAGGAGUUGCUCAUAGUGAUGAACUUGCAUAUAAUUAUCACCAGAAUCUGCAGGUCCCCGGGACUUUUACGGAGCCUUAUGAAGUUUAAUCUCAUUGUUUAUCUGUUGUAUCUGAUCUUUUAUAUAUCUUUUAUAUAUAUAUAUAGUUUUAUAUAUUUAUAUUUUGUUCUUAAUAGAUGUUGCCUUUGUAUAAU